ACAUGUGUGGCUCGUUCAGUCAAGUCAGUGUUAGCUGCGAGUUGAUGGCAAAGCACAGCUGGCUAGUGGCUAACAACUAACCAGGUGGUAGCCUACGUCUGUUAUCGUGUGGAUAACCUUUGCUCUGCGUCACCUGUCCCGGGGUUAGAGAUCCAGUGAGGAGCGCCUACUUUAACUCUGUGGUGAAGCUAAUUAUAAGCUAGCGUCAGCUAACAAGCUGCAGACUCUUCUGAAAAAUGGCCACUAUUUCAAUUCCUGCAUGUACUAGUGCACUCCUGCUUGAUAUCGAAGGGACAACAACACCAAUCACAUUUGUAAAGGAUAUCUUAUUUCCAUACAUCAGGGAGCAUCUUGAGGAGUACCUGUCUACUCACUGGGAGGAAGACGAGUGCAAACAAGAUGUUCAUCUCCUAAAGAAACAGAUCGAAGAGGACAUGAGGCAGCACCGGUCGUGCCCCGUCCACACCGUGGACCAGACGGUGCACACAGACGAGGAGAAGGCUAUUAGAGAGGUAAUGGAUAAUGUGCUCUGGCAGAUGGCGGCAGACAGGAAGUCGACAGCACUCAAACAGUUACAGGGCCACAUGUGGAGGUCAGCAUAUUCUUCUGGGAGAAUCAAAGGCGAGGUCUACCAGGAUGUAAUUCCAUCACUUAAAAGAUGGAGAGAACAAGGACUAAAAGUGUACAUUUACUCCUCGGGAAGCGUGGAGGCACAGAAACUUCUGUUUGGAUACUCUGAGGAAGGAGACGUUUUAGAUUUAUUAGAUGGUCACUUUGACACCAGUAUAGGAGCUAAAGUGGAACGUAAAAGCUACGAGAGAAUUGCUGAGAGGAUUGGAUUUCAACCAGAGGAAAUCACAUUCUUGACCGACGUCACUCGAGAGGCCAAAGCAGCAGAGGAAGCGGGGGUGAACGUGGUGGUGGUGGUCAGGUCCGGGAACAUGGAGCUGACGGAUGACGAGCGCUCCCACUAUAGCCUCGUUACAUCCUUUAGCCAACUGGAAGUGACGGAACGUGUUUAACACAGAGCUAGGAGGAACGCUUUGUUUCAUAAUGACCUGUUCUUUCUUUUCUUUGCCCUCCCAGCCCCCUCACCUCUCUCCUUUUUGCAAUGUUUUUGUUUGUUCCGCGUUGACAGUUCAAAAGGUGUAGGAGAAGCUGCUGGGACUCCCGUUAGAGGUCCCGGCCUGUAAGGAGUCAAUCUACCCCGGUCUGUGAGGGUGCCUUUCAAUGGAGACAGAUCUGCGGAGGGUUAUAGCAACAUCACUCACUGGGAAGAGAUCAGAAAAGCUGUAAAAUGAGGCCUGCACACAUGACCUUUUUAACCACGCUCGUUUGGUAAAUCUCUCCAAUUUUAAUGACAACUUUCCAACUGUUUGUGUCGUAUUUGUCACCGUUUUGUAAACAUUUUCCAUUGAUGUGCUGUUUCCUCCCCUCUUCACAUACACACGUGUUGCAGAUGUAUGACGUUUUAUCCAGUGAUUGACCCGUUAAGCGUUGUAAUGUUUUAGAAAGUAGAACUACAGUGUAGAUGCACUCAGCAGUGGUGCUGCUGACAGGAAGUUCUCAGUUCAAACUCUGUCUUAACUAGUCCCCUCGCAGGUGAACGCUAUCUGUUUAACUGUGCCAUCCUCGUAAUGUUGCUGUUGGAAAGUUACCUUUUGCAAGUUGCCAAAUUGAUGAUUUAUGUGUGUGAAACAUAAUUGGUGUUAUUCAGGAAAUCUUACAAACAUGCUUCCAAUAAAUGCCUUGUAUCACA